UCUACCCCCAGCAGAGAUCAUGGCCCCACAUGAGGGAGCCUGAGCUGCAGUCGGCGGCGCGGCUCAGACUGCCUCCUCCUCGCCGCGUCCCGGCUCGCAUCCCCGGCGCUGCCGCCAGGAUCGAUCAUGCUUUAUCUCGGGAUGUUUUCCACGGCUGGCCCGCACGAUGCCGCCUGAUGCGGAUGCAUGAGUGUGUGGCAAACUGAUUCAGACCGCAGCAGAUGUGAGAUGCUCUUGCCUUCGCCAUGGCCAAAGGUCCGUUUCCAUGGGGGGUCCUCAGAAAGCCUCUGUAUGUCCAGGCCAGAUUCUCCUACCUACACAUGAAGUACCUGUUCUUCUCCUGGCUGGCUGUGUUCGUAGGAAGCUGGAUCGUGUACGUGCGGUACUCGUCCUAUACAGAGCUCUGUCGAGGGCAUGACUGCAAAAAUUCCAUCUGUGACAAAUACAGGAAAGGAGUCAUCGAUGGCACAGCCUGCAGCAGCCUGUGUGAGAAGGAAACACUUUACCUGGAGAAGUGCUUCACUGCCAAACCUAACAACCAGGUUUACUCAGGAAACUGGGGAGAUUUACAAGGAGUCAUUAAGUGCCAGAUGGAGGAGGCACCCCAUUAUGAUCUUGGAGGCGAGAUGGAGCCUAGAAAAGAGGCUGCUCCCGUUGCUUUCAACAAACCCACAAAGGGAACCUCAGUGGAAAAGUUCAGAGAGAUGAUAAUCAGCCAUCUGAAGGCAAAAGUCGGGGAUCAAGCCAAUCUCGCAGACCUGGCAACCCAGGUAUUGUCCUUUACAGAUUCCAAUAAAGACGGUCAUAUCUCGCUGCCAGAGGCUCGCUCCACCUGGGCCCUGCUGCAGCUCAACGAGUUCCUGUUGGCGCUCGUCCUGCAGGAACGAGAUCACACACCCAAGCUGCUCGGCUUCUGUGGAGAUCUGUACAUGAUGGAGAAGGUUCCGUACUCUCCCCUGUACGGCAUCAGCCUGCCUUGGAUCGUUGAGCUGUGGAUUCCUGCAGGUCUGCGGCGCAGCAUGGAGCAGUGGUUCACCCCCUCGUGGCCCCACAAGGCCAAGAUCUCCAUUGGCCUGCUAGAACUAGUCGAGGACAUUUUCCACGGCACCUACGGAAGCUUCCUCAUGUGUGAUGUGAGGACUACCACCUUCGGCUACAACGAGCGGUAUGACUUUAAGGUCGUUGACGCCCGAUACAUCAUCCCUGAAGCCACCUUCCAGGAAAGAAUCAGACAGCAGCGUUGCGACGUAGACGAGGACUGUCUGUAUGGGACCGACUGCCUCACUAGCUGCGACCUCACCAAGCAUCGCUGCACACCUGAGGUCACCAGGCCAAACUUGGCAAAAGUCUGUGACACCCUUAAGAAUUACAUCCUAAGAGGAGCACCGUCUGACCUAAGCGAUGAGCUUGAGAAACAGCUCUAUGCUUGUAUGGCACUGAAAGGUUCGGCAGAACAGAUGGAGAUUGAGCACUCCCUCAUUCUGAACAAUCUUAAGACUCUACUGUGGAAGAAAAUCUCCCAUACAAAGGACUCCUAAUCAAGACGCCUGGGCAUUCUUGCUUCUUUAAAACGGACAAUCAGUUUCGUAGUGGAAGCAUUCCACUUAUAUUUAGUAUUACCUAUAUACAUGAUUUAAUUAUAAAGCUGUCUGUUCAGUCAUUUCAAUAUCACCUCAUGUACUAUUUAUUCUACAGAGUAAACAUCGGACGGUUACCGGUAUCAAGUUAUAUCUCAUUACAAUAGACUAGCUUAGAAAAAGUGAUCUGCUUCAGUAAUUCAGUUCAAAUAGUUUGACUUACUCUAUACAGUUCACUGUGGCAGCAUCUCAGACUGGUAACAUGAGUUCAGUUUGAGAUGUUUGGGGCUUUUUCACAUAACAAAUGGGUCUGCUGUGGUCAUGAAAGGACAGACACAGUCAGCAACAAUACUCAGGUAGGUGUCAUAUGGUCUCAAGAGGCACAAAGUAUCCCAAGGUGUAGUUGCCAAACCAUUAUACCACCACAAGCCUGAACCACUGAUGCUUUAUGUUGUUACACCAAAUUCUGACCCUAGCAUAUGAACAAUGAAGCAAGAAUCAGGAUUCGUCAGACCAGGCAACGUCUUUCCACUCUGGAGUUGUCUGAUUGUGA